AUGGCUUCCAUUAUCCACGAAAUGAUUGUCGGCUUUCUUCAUGAACACUUGAUUCUUCUCUUCAAUCAAACCUAUUCCCCAUCUCGCAAGGACAGAGUCAAGAUUUAUACAAAUCUGAAGAAGCGGGGGGGGGACAAAGAGUAUCAGCAUUCAGUCAAAACGCCAGAUAUGGGACUUCUCAUGAGAAAUCAAGACGAUACUCGCAAUGACCUCAAAUGGACUCUUGAGGUUGGUGUAUCUCAAACAUAUCCCGAUCUUCAAGCAGACGCUCGACUUUGGCUUGUCGGUCAUCCCACAUGUUCAAUGGUGGUUCUGAUCAACGUCACAGAAAGCCCCAAAUAUCGAUGCCCACUGGCUGUCGACUUGGAUCUCUGUGACAAACUGGAGAUACCUCGGGUUGUGAGUCAGAUUACCGAAGGAGAUUUCUCUCUUGACGGAGAAUAUGGCCCAGUGACGCACAAAGGAUAUCAGUGGGUGGGAGAGAUCUCGGAAGUCUUUCUGGAGGUUUGGACUCUUGACCCUCAAGGGAAGGAACCAAUGAGACGAGAACAAGGAGGAGGACGAAUGUUUCUGAUUCCUCCAACCGACGCAUCUCCUCAACUUGAACUCGCCGACUUUCUCUUUCCCGACCAGCCUCAAAAGACAUCCUUCGAUUGGGACAAAUUCCGACAGGAUUUAAAGGCCUGCCUUCGAUCCCAAGCCGUCGAGAGGUGCCGCGAGUGGCUUAUAGAAAGCAUGGAUGCAAAGAAACUUGCAGGGAACCCUGCAGGGAAUCGUGCAGGGACACGAGCAGGGACACGUGCAGGGGUCGUCGGCGACGAAUCUUGA